CUCCUCACUUGAUAGAAAAUCAUGGGGAUUUCAAGCAAUUUCGUUGUACUCGUUUUAGUUUUUUUGUUUUCAGUUUCAUGGGCAACUUCAAAUCCAGCUGCAACUCUGCAAAGUUUCAAGAAGUGCCUCUCUUUCAAUUCUAUUGUAUCUAUUUCUUCCUCAAGUUUUUACACCCCAGAUAAUUCUUCAUCAUUUUCUUCAAUCCUGAAUUCCACUGCACAAAACCUGAGGUAUUUGGAGCCUUCAAAGCCUAAGCCUGAGUUUAUUUUCAUGCCUUUGGCUGAAUCCCAAGUCCAGGCAGCUGUUAUCUGCUGCAAAAAGCUCGGAAUUCAUCUCAGAGUCCGAAGUGGAGGCCAUGACUAUGAGGGUCUCUCUUAUGUCUCCGAAAUCGAAACGCCUUUUGUAAUGGUUGACCUUUCCAAGCUUCGAUCCAUUAACGUUGAUAUUCAGCAGAACAUUGCCUGGGUUCAGGCAGGCGCCACCAUUGGUGAAGUGUACUACAGGAUUGCUCAGAAAAGCAAAGUUCACGGCUUUCCUGCCGGCCUCUGCACAAGUUUAGGCAUUGGUGGACACAUUACAGGCGGAGCUUACGGUUCCAUGAUGAGAAAAUACGGCCUGGGAGUUGACAAUGUUCUUGACGCCCGAAUUGUAGAUGCCCAUGGUAGAAUUCUUGACCGAGCUUCCAUGGGAGAAGACCUCUUUUGGGCCAUCAGAGGUGGCGCCGGAGCAAGCUUCGGAAUCAUUCUCUCCUGGAAGAUAAAACUGGUUCCGGUACCGGAAACUGUUACAGUUUUUACAGUCCCCAAGACCCUGGAACAAGGCGCCACAAAGCUCCUCCAUAGAUGGCAACAAAUUGCAGAUAAACUUGAUGAGAAUCUCUUCAUCAGAGUCAUUAUUCAAACAACUGCAGGCCAAAACGACAGCAGAACUGUAACAACUUCAUACAAUUGCCUGUUUCUCGGCACUGCCAAUGAACUUCUCAAGGUAAUGAAGAAGAGCUUCCCGGAAUUGGGAUUAUUGCCAAAAGAUUGCAUCGAAACAAGCUGGAUUAAUUCUGUGCUUUACAUCGCCGGGUAUCCAAGCAACAUAACAGCAGAAUUUCUUCUCCAGGGGAAGCCAUUUUUACCCAAGGUGUAUUUCAAAGCCAAAUCAGACUAUGUUAAAGAGCCCAUUCCUGAAGAGGCACUUGAGGGGCUAUGGAAAAGGUUUUUACAGGAAGAUUCUCCGUAUUCAAUAUGGACCCCGUAUGGUGGAAUGAUGAGCAGGAUUUCCGAAUCUGCAAUUCCUUUUCCUCACAGAAAGGGAAAUUUAUUCAAAAUCCAGUACUUGACGGCUUGGGUAGAUGGAGAAAAGAGCGAUGAACGACAUAUGAAUUGGUUAAGGGAGCUUUAUAGUUACAUGGGGCCUUAUGUUUCUCAGUCUCCAAGAGAAGCGUAUGUGAAUUACAGGGAUCUUGACUUGGGGAUGAACAAGAAGCGAGACACGAGUUACAAGGAGGCGAAGGUCUGGGGGGAGAAGUAUUUCAAGCAUAAUUUCUACAGAUUAGUGAAAGUAAAAACCAAAUAUGAUCCUGGAAAUGUCUUCAGGCAUGAGCAGAGUAUUCCACCUCUGUCAUUCAAAUCCUAACGAAUAAAAAUACGUGUAUCUGUAUCAAUUGAAAUAAGAAUUUGUAAUUGAGUGACGUGAUUAUUAAAUUUUAUUAUUACUUUAAAAUCACUCAAUCUGAACCAGGUCCUCCAUGGACAGAUAAGUUUGAGCAU